AUGGCCAAAAGACCAGAUCCUAACGAGAUAAGAUAUGUCUACAUCCGACAGGUCGGAGGCGAAGUCGGAGCCUCGUCAGUGCUGUCCCCAAAGCUAGGACCCCUUGGAUUGUCCCCCAAGAAAAUUGGUGACGAUAUAGCGAAAGAAACUCAGUCAUGGAAGGGGCUAAAAAUAUGCGUAAAACUAACCAUACAAAAUAGGCAAGCCAAGAUCGAAGUGGUGCCAACGUCAGCCUCGCUGGUGCUAAAGGAAUUGAAUGAAGCUCCCAGGGAUCGAAAAAAAGUGAAAAAUAUUAAACACAAUGGAAAUCUAAAGAUUGAGCAAGUGUACUCUAUCGCAAGAAUCAUGAAGGAUAAGUCGAGGGCCAAAGAAUUCAAAGGAACUGUAAAAGAAAUUUUAGGCACUUGCAACUCCAUUGGUUGUACCGUCGAUGGGAAGAAGCCAACCACCGUCCAGGAGAUGAUUGACUCUGGGGAGAUCGACGUACCAGACUGUUGA